AUGUACCGCAAACGGGAGAUUAAUUUUAACAAGCAGGAUUCGCGCACCCUGCUGCAGGUGUUGGAUGAUCAGAAAAUUAUGGAAGCGAUGAAACAGUCACGCCUGGCUGCUGAUGGAAAGGGAGCGUUUACGCUUCCCGCACUAUCGCUGGUGGAUGUUGAAGAUCUUGAAGUUGAUGUACAGGGAAAUGAGUCUCCGGCAGGUCAUGCAGGAGGCGGCGGUGGUGGCGGAGGAGGUGGCGGUGGAGUUCUUAGCGGUGCCCUUAGUCUAUCCCAGGAGGAUAUUGUUGGUGUGCUGCCCAAUGAAAUCUCUGCCCCGUACGAGGUUCCACAGUUCCCGAUCGAGCAGAUUGAGAAGAAGCUUCAGCUCCAGCGACAGCUAAACGCCAAAGUGAUGGAGCAGGAUAGGCACUCGAUUGCACCGGAAGUGCAUCCGGACGAACAGCUGCCGUUCGACGAACAUGACUUCGUUGCCCACUUCCAGCGGGUGUCGAUCUCGGGCGAGGACACCAGCGGCGUACCGUUGGACGAUCUCGAGCGGGCCUCCACGUUGCUGGUAAAGGCGUUGGAGCUACGCGAGAAGUACAUGCGUAACUCGCACCAAUCGUUCCCGCAGACGACGGCACGGUUCCUGAAGUCGACACACUCGAGUACGAUUACGCACCAGGAACGCAAAUCUAUCGCUGACCAUCCAGUGAACCCACCCCAAAGCACCCAGUCACCAUGGGUCGUUGAUAUACCGGAGGACCUGAACUACAGCAUCCGACCGGUGCACGGUGUGUUCGAGGUGUUCCCCACCACAGAAACAACGGAACCGCUCCCCUACCAUUACACACGUCUGCCCGACUUUGUCCAAGACAUGCAGAUGAUGUGCUCGAUGAUUGCGGACGGGCCGCUGAAGUCGUUCUGCUACCGCCGGCUGAGCUACCUGUACUCCAAGUUCCAGCUGCACGUGCUGCUGAACGAACUACGUGAGCUCGCGUCGCAGAAGGCGGUACCGCACCGUGACUUCUACAACAUCCGCAAGGUGGACACGCACAUCCAUGCGGCAAGCUGCAUGAACCAGAAGCAUUUGCUACGCUUCAUCAAGAAGACGCUGAAGAACAGUGCGGACGAGGUGGUGACGGUUACCAAGGGUACACCGAUGACGCUCGCCCAGGUCUUUCAGUCGAUGAACCUGACGACGUACGAUCUGACCGUGGACAUGCUGGACGUGCAUGCGGACCGCAACACCUUCCACCGGUUCGACAAGUUCAACGCAAAGUACAAUCCGAUCGGUGAAUCGAGGUUGCGGGAAGUCUUCCUCAAGACGGACAACUACCUGAACGGCAAGUACUUUGCGAACAUCAUCAAGGAGGUGGCGAGCGACUUCGAGGAAAGCAAGUACCAGAACGCCGAGUUGCGGCUGUCGAUCUACGGCAAAUCGCCGGACGAGUGGUACAAGCUGGCCAAAUGGGCCAUCGACGGUAACGUGUACUCGGACAACAUCCGCUGGUUGAUACAGAUACCGCGUCUCUAUGACAUCUUCAAGACGAACCAGCUGAUGUCCUCGUUCCAGCAAAUUCUGGACAACGUGUUUAAGCCCCUGUUUGAGGCGACCAACAACCCGAGCCAGCAUCCCGAGAUACACACCUUCCUGCAGUACGUGAUCGGGUUCGACUCGGUGGAUGAUGAGUCAAAGCCGGAGAACCCACUGUUCGACGGGGAUGUGACACCACCGGCCCAGUGGACUGACGAGGAGAAUCCACCGUACGCCUACUACAUCUACUACAUGUACGCCAACAUGACCGUACUGAACCACUUCCGAGCAGCGCGCGGCAUGAACACGUUCGUGCUUCGACCCCACUGCGGCGAGGCCGGCCCGGUACAGCAUCUCGUCUGCGGCUAUCUGAUGGCGGAGAACAUCUCGCACGGGUUGCUGCUGCGCAAGGUGCCGGUACUGCAGUAUCUUUACUAUCUUGCCCAGAUCGGUAUCGCCAUGUCACCACUGUCCAACAACUCACUGUUUCUGAACUAUGACCGCAAUCCGUUCCCGGAGUAUCUGGCCCGCGGGUUGGUCGUGUCACUCUCCACCGACGAUCCGCUCCAGUUUCACUAUACCAAGGAACCACUGAUGGAGGAAUACAGCAUUGCGGCACAGGUGUGGAAGCUUAGCUCGUGCGAUAUGUGCGAGCUGGCGCGCAACAGUGUGCUGAUGUCAGGCUUUCCGCACAAGAUGAAGCAGCACUGGCUUGGACCGAACUACACGCGCGAAGGUGUGGCCGGCAACGACAUUACCCGCACGAACGUACCGGACAUACGAGUCGCGUUCCGGUACGAGUCGCUGCUGGACGAGCUGGCGAACAUCUUCAAGGUGAACAACGAGCAGAAGAUGCAGUACGCCGCACAACAGUAA